GAAGACGGAAGCGGAAGUCGGGGGGCGCGCCCGCGGAGAGCCCGCAGCUCGGCGGCGUCUGUCCGGUCCGGGGUCGCCAUGGGGCGAGGCAGCGGCACCUUCGAGCGUCUCCUAGACAAAGCCACAAGCCAGCUUCUCCUGGAGACCGACUGGGAGUCCAUCCUGCAGAUCUGUGACCUGAUCCGCCAGGGGGACACGCAAGCAAAAUAUGCUGUAAGUUCCAUCAAGAAGAAAGUCAACGACAAGAACCCACACGUGGCCUUGUAUGCACUAGAGGUCAUGGAAUCUGUGGUGAAGAACUGUGGCCAGACUGUGCAUGAUGAAGUAGCUAACAAGCAGACCAUGGAGGAGCUGAAGGAGCUGCUCAAGAGGCAAGUGGAAGUGAACGUCCGGAACAAGAUCCUGUACCUGAUCCAGGCCUGGGCGCACGCCUUCCGCAACGAGCCCAAGUACAAGGUGGUCCAGGACACGUACCAGAUCAUGAAGGUGGAGGGACACGUCUUCCCAGAGUUCAAGGAAAGCGAUGCUAUGUUUGCUGCCGAGAGAGCCCCCGACUGGGUAGACGCCGAGGAAUGCCACCGGUGCCGAGUGCAGUUUGGGGUGGUGACCCGCAAGCACCACUGCCGGGCCUGCGGGCAGAUCUUCUGCGGCAAGUGCUCCUCCAAGUACUCCACCAUCCCCAAGUUCGGCAUCGAGAAGGAGGUGCGCGUCUGCGAGCCCUGCUACGAGCAGCUCAACAAGAAAGCGGAAGGGAAGGCGGCCUCCAGCACAGAGCUGCCCCCGGAGUACCUGACCAGCCCCCUGUCCCAGCAGUCCCAGCUGCCCCCCAAGCGGGACGAGACGGCCCUGCAGGAGGAGGAGGAGCUGCAGCUGGCCCUGGCGCUGUCCCAGUCGGAGGCCGAGGAGAAGGAGAGGCUGAGACAGAAGUCGACCUACGCGGCGCAUCCCAAGGCGGAUCCCGCCCCCCUGGCGUCGUCCGCGCCCCCGGCCAGCAGCCUGUACUCUUCCCCCGUGAACUCGUCGGCGCCUCUGGCUGAGGACAUGGACCCUGAGCUCGCGCGGUACCUCAACCGGAACUACUGGGAGAAGAAGCAGGAAGAGGCUCGGAAGAGCCCCACGCCGUCGGCGCCCGUGCCCCUGGCAGACCCGGCCGCCCCGGCCGCGGAGGGGCCCGGAGCCCCCGCCAUGGUGGAGGCCCCCCUCUCAGAAGUGGACUCGCAGCCCAUCGCCACCGCCGGCGGCCCCUUUGCCGAGCAGCAGUACCAGAACGGGGAGUCGGAAGAGAGCCACGAGCAGUUCCUGAAGGCCCUGCAGAACGCCGUGACCACCUUCGUGAACCGCAUGAAGAGCAACCACAUGCGGGGCCGCAGCAUCACCAACGACUCGGCGGUGCUGUCGCUCUUCCAGUCCAUCAACAGCAUGCACCCGCAGCUGCUGGAGCUGCUCAACCAGCUGGACGAGCGCAGGCUGUACUACGAGGGGCUGCAGGACAAGCUGGCGCAGAUCCGCGACGCCAGGGGGGCGCUGAGCGCCCUGCGCGAGGAGCACCGGGAGAAGCUCCGCCGGGCGGCCGAGGAGGCCGAGCGCCAGCGCCAGAUCCAGCUGGCCCAGAAGCUGGAGAUCAUGCGGCAGAAGAAGCAGGAGUACCUGGAGGUGCAGAGGCAGCUGGCCAUCCAGCGCCUCCAGGAGCAGGAGAAGGAGCGGCAGAUGCGCCUCGAGCAGCAGAAGCAAACCGUCCAGAUGCGCGCCCAGAUGCCGGCCUUCCCCCUGCCCUACGCCCAGCUCCAGGCCAUGCCUACCUCUGGGGCUGUGAUCUACCAGCCCUCGGGGCCCACCAGCUUCCCCGGGACCUUCAGCCCCGCCAGCUCAGUGGAGGGCUCCCCCAUGCACGGCCUGUACAUGAGCCCCGCGGCGCCCGCCGGCCCCUACGCCAGCAUGCCCGGCAGCACCGCAGAUCCUAGCAUGGUGAGUGCCUACAUGUACCCAGCAGGGGCUCCGGGGACCCAGGCGGCCCCCCAGGCCCAAGCGGGGCCCGCGGCCAGCCCAGCCUACUCAUCCUACCAGCCCACUCCCACCCCAGGCUACCAGACCGUGGCCUCCCAGGCCCCGCAGAGCCUCCCCGCCGCCCUCUCCCAGCCCGCACAGUCCAGCAGCAUGGGCUACAUGGGGAGCCAGUCAGUGUCCAUGGGCUACCAGCCGUACAGCAUGCAGAAUCUCAUGACCACACUCCCUGGCCAGGACGCCUCGCUGCCGCCCCAGCAGCCCUACAUGGCCGGGCAGCAGCCCGUGUACCAGCAGGUGGCGCCCCCUGGCGGCCCUCCCCAGCAGCAGCCAGCCGUUGCCCAGCAGCCACCCGUGCAGGGACCACCCGCCCCGGGCAGUGAGGCCCAGCUCAUCUCCUUCGACUGACCCUGGGGCCCCGAGCCCACUGUCCCGAGUAACACUACGGUUCAUUGGAAUCCGCCUUGUGUCUAGCUAGAUGUUCUGUUCUGCCUUCCUCUUCCCUCGAUGCCCCAAGUGCCCCUUCUCCUGAGAGCAGGGCCCAGGCCUGCCCCAGCCCUCCACCCCUCUACCCCAGUCUGCUGGCUCCUGUCACCCCGCUUUGAUCCUGCCUUGGUCUCUGACUUCCCCCCAGAGCUUGGCCUCUGGAAGGAAAGGGGGAAGGGAAGGACCCUUCCAGACCCCCAGCCCCGUGGGGGGGGCUGCAAGUGGUGACGAGUGGGGACACUCAGGCCCGUACAGCCCACUUUCGUCCAGAGUGAGCUGAUGGGGUGUCCAGGCUUCGCCCCAACUCCUGCACAGCGAGGGUGGAGGAUUCAGGCAUCUCCAGCUGCUCUGCUUCUCAACUGUCAUCUCUCCAUUGCAAAACAGUGAAAAUAAAAUGUAUU